UUGUCAACCCAAGCCCAAGCUGCGUUUGUUUCAAUAAAGAAUAAAAUUAUAUUUAUAAAUAAAACUUUUAAAACAAAACGAAACAUGGCUGAUAAGCCGCCAGAAGAAGGAUAUAUAUCAGUAGUUGAUGAUGAACCGGAAAUAUUUGAACUGCUGAAGUGGGAUUCAUCGCAAACACACAAACAACAUGAGACAAACACUUUGGAAAAAGCAAAAACUCCAGAGAAAAAACUUCCCAAGGCAAAAGAGGAUGUCGAUCCGUUUGAUUUGAGUGAUCCCGCGUUUAUUGAAACUUAUCGUCUCUCUAAAGAUUUAGCGCGCGGUCUUUGCGAAGAGUUAAAACCCGUUAUGCCGGACUCUACUAAGUCCAUUGAGUUUUCUGUUGAAUGCAAAGUUAUGGCAGCUCUAACAUUCUUUGCGUCAGGAAAAUAUCAAAAGUCAGUGGCUGGGAAGACGGAUCCCAGCAUCACUCAGUACUUUGUGUCUACGGCUGUGAUGCAAGUCACCGAGGCGAUGAACCAUCCGUCUAUUGUAAAAAAAUACAUACACUUUCCACAUUUGAGGAAUGAGAGGGAUAUAAUCAAGACCAGUUUCUACAUGAAGUAUGGCAUGCCAAAUGUGGUAGGCUGCAUAGACUGCACUCAUGUUCCCAUAUCACGGCCCGAGGAGGAUCACAAGAGGCAUUUCAAUAAGUCAUUCCACUCUAAGAAAGUGCAAAUUAUCUGUGAUAGUGAUUUAAAUAUAAUUAGUGUAGAAUGUAAACUUGGUGGUUCAUAUUCACAUGACGCCAUCUUAAACCAGCACGCCGUCAGGAUAGACCUGGAGAGUUUGAAUAAUUCCGGAGAACAGUGCUGGCUUGUUGGUAGUCCACAUUAUACUCAGAAGCCAUACCUUAUGACACCAAUCCCAAAGAUAACAAAAAAAUCCCCCGUAUCUCCUGAAAAAUAUUACACAAAUAUGCACAGUCAGACACACCAAGUUGUCAUAGACACUAUAAAACAUCUAAAAUCAAGGUGGAAAUGUCUUCAAGCAACAUGCAAUAAACAAUUUGAUCCACAAACGGUUACAAAGUUGAUUGUAGCGUGUUGUAUUCUACAUAAUAUUGCAAAUAGAAGAGGUUUACCAGUUGUCCCGAUGACACAGGCUGAAGAAAGACUUGAAGCAAUGAAACAGAAGGUCGCAAAUACACCUAUAUCAAGAAAACGUGUUGAAGAUCCAAUCGGAGUUCAAGCUCGUACAAUGUUACUUGAUAGAUUAUGGAAUGAACGUCGUAUAGCACCUGAAUGUACCAAUGGUCCUAAAAAGAGACAGAAGAAGGAUAAAGUGGUGGUGGAAACGUUACCCCCCGUGAUGACACAUCCUCAAAUGAUGCAGCCUCAAAUGCAACAUGAUGAUCCGAGUAAGAGACCAAGAAUUGUAAUGAAUAACCCUACAUAUAGUUUUGGUAUGGCCCCCGGAUGGGGACACUAUCCUCAACAUUAGGUACGUAAACCGUUACAAGGUAGACAGAACUAUAGAAAUUUGAACAAUUA